CUCGUAUGUUUCCGUUUUUCACCGAGUCUUCCCGAGUCUUCCCGAGUAUUUCCCUUUUGCAAAAACUCAGUUUGUAUUGUCCCUUGUUGCUAGCCGUCCGUUGGUUGUCGUCUGAACUGGUCUAACUGCUUUAGAAAUGGCUGAAGCUCCUCCACGGCCCUGCCGGUUUUUUUGUCACCGGUGUUCAGCAGAGAUUAGUCCGCGUUUACCGGACUACACCUGUCCACGCUGUGAUUCUGGUUUCAUUGAGGAGCUGUCUGAGGAAAGAAGCACUGAAAAUGGGUCCGCAUCCACAUCCUCCACCAGUGAUCAGAACCGCCCAGCCUUUGAGAGCAUGGAUCACCAGCACUUGUUCACAUUCCCCUCUGGGUACGGUCCGUUCGCCCUUGGGAUUUUUGAUGAGAACUUUGACCUUCGAACGCGACUACCCACAGAGGACAACCGCGAGACAGAAAACAGGAGAGAAAGGGAAAUGGCAUCACGGCAACGAUACAGUGCGCGGCAACCGCGGGGUCGACAUGUUCCUCGAAGACAGGGUACGCGCCACGAGGGAGUGCCCACAUUAGAGGGAAUUAUCCAGCAGCUAGUAAAUGGAAUCAUAGCACCGACAGCCAUGCCAAAUAUCGGAAUGGGACCAUGGGGCAUGCUACAUUCCAAUCCAAUGGACUACGCCUGGGGUGCCAAUGGUCUUGAUGCUAUCAUUACACAGUUAUUGAACCAGUUUGAAAACACGGGUCCCCCUCCUGCAGACAGAGAAAGGAUAAAGAGUUUACCCACCGUUACCAUUACAGAGGAACAUGUGGCAGCGCUGCUAAAGAAUGAAUAUAGGGAAAGCACUGUUCCAUCAUCUUGCAAGCUGUUGGGGAUCACUUCUCUCGGUGCUGGUUUAGAGUGUCCUGUGUGCAAAGAAGACUACAGCGUUGAGGAGAAUGUUAGACAACUGCCAUGCAAUCAUUUGUUUCACAAUGACUGUAUAGUACCAUGGCUGGAACAGCACGAUACGUGUCCUGUGUGCAGGAAGAGUCUUAGCGGACAGAACACAGCCACAGACCCACCAGGGUUAUCAGGAAUGAACUUCUCUCCCUCUUCCUCAUCCUCUUCCUCCCCCAGCUCCCCUAGUAAUGAGAAUGCUGCCAGAAACUCAUAGAUUUUCACCGUCACCGCACAUCUGAAAACCUCACAACAUACGUCAAACGAGACCCAACGACUUCAAUUAUAGGGGACGAUACGAGUCGAGUUGAACUCUGAAUCUGUUGCAGACUUUUAGUCAUCAUUCCUCCCCCUGUGCUGAACAGACACCGGGUCCAGCUCCUGCUGCUAUUGUUGCUGAGUAUUUGAGGAGGUGGGACUGGGCUGUUGAAGGAGGAUCCAGAGAGGCUGUGAAUAUUAAUAAAAGUGGGGUUGUGACCAGAAGUGGAGCGGAGUUUGAACCAGAGUGGACUGCUUUUUGAUGGAGACAUGUCUUUGCCACAAGGCUGGGGCACAUUUUAUAUAUAAAAGACAGAAUGCUCUUUUUAAAAAAAAACAAACAUAGCCUGUGGUGGUGCAGAGUCCAUAGAUGUGUAGAUAGAAAAUUAAUUUUGAACGAUCAGCCACCGUACAGCUAAUGGAUCAAACUAAAACCUUGUGGAAAGGAAACUGAGUGUAUGCAUUUGAUUUUUUUUAAUUUAUUUGCACCUUUGUUUUUUUAAUUUGCACAAAAUUUUGUCUGAUGUUGAGAUUGUGAAUUUGGGUAAACUACUGAACAAAAAAAGUUUUUACAUAUUAAUUGCAUUGAAUAAGUCUUUCAGGACUUGUUUUUUGUUUUUAUUAGAUUCUCUUUUUAUUAGAUUUUGAUCCAGUGGUGCAUCUUGACAAGGUAAAGAUCCUCACAGCUCAACGGUGGACACAUUUUUAUUCCUCAAGUGAAAAAACCCCACAAACCUGCUUAUUUAUUGAACCCUUGCCCAAGACACAAAUUCAGCAAUGUAAAAGAAAAAAAAAGACAUAAAAAAGGCAUGGGAACAUCUUACCUCUAUGAAACUGGCCAAAUGUGUUUCACAAAACAAGUGUUUAUUAUAUUAUUUACUGAUUUUUCGUACAGUCGCAAUAAAGUGCUAAAACAAACAAA